AUGGAAAAGCUAAAAGCAAUUCGUGGUGGACACAGAAGUGUUGUCACAAAACUGAUUACAAGGACAAAUGACAAAAUUUCAAAAAGUGAUAUAGAAAAUCAUGAACUUUCUGCAGCCAUAGAAACCCUAGUGAAAAAGAGAAACUUGCUUGAAGAUUUCGACUCAAAAAUUCAAGAUGGAACAGAAGUCGAUGAUAUUGGCCAGGAAAUUGUGGACAGUGACGAAUACAAUUUACAAGUAGAUGAGGCAAUUCACAAAUUUAAGGACAUUAUAAAGAACUUAGACGCUAGCGUUCUUAAAUCUACGAAUGUUGAAACAUGUAUUCAGAAGCCUUCACUCCUAAUUGACAUAGUAGAUAGUGACUUUGAAGGAAACCAAACCGAACAUCCCCCUCGGCAAAAGACAGAAGAUUUAGUGAAAAAUUCAGAAAUAUCUGAAGUGAUGUCUGACAACGAUAUUGGAAGAGAUGAAUAUUAUGAUUGCGAAGAAAUAAUAUAUGAUAGAGAGGAAAAUAAGGAUACAGAUUUAUUACAAGAUGAAACAAGAAAACAAAUGUUAACGCCGACCAAUGUGACCACUGAAAGAAGCACUCUGAGUACAACUGAGGAACAGAGUAACAAAGUGUUAAUAGGUAAGAAGUUAGAAGACGUUGAAAAUGCUGACACGCCUGGAAGUACAUCGAUACCCAAAGAUACUUACAGCGACAUGAUAAAUUUUCUUGAGCGCAUAGGACUUAAAAGGUUUUAUCCAAAUAAGUUAAUGUUUAUGGAUGCAAUGCGUAUUAAGACAGCAAAAAAGUAUAGUGAACUGAAAGAUGUGGCAUUGAAAUUCCUUAUUGAUAUUGUAAUGAUUAAUUGUGCUUGUAGGGACCAAAUGCUUUAUCUGUUUUUAGAAAAAAUCGCAAAAAAGGAAGAAAGUAAACAUAAAGACACGUCAGUUAAUUUAAGUUUGGGUUACUUCCUGGAUGAUAUCAAAGGUGAAGAUGAAACUAAUAUUAAUCCACUUGACUUACUUCUUGCCCUGUUUAAAUGUAGUGACCCAAUGCUCAAACAAAUGAUUGCGAACAAAUUAUUCAUGUGCAAACUAGCAAUUCCAUUUAUUCUCCCUGAGUUUGGAAAUGAGCCUUUGGAAAUAUGUAUGUGGCCACUGCGAUCAAUUAUUUUAGAAAAAAACAUGGAGAAGGGUCCCUGUCAAGAUAUGUCUGUUGAAUGCCCAUGUGAAAUCAUCUCUUUUGUUCGAAUAGGUUGUCCAUCAGUGUCAAAAUCAAAACUGGCAAAUGAAAUUCUAACAGAUCAAUAUCACAAUACAUUUUCAAACAAAGACUGUCCACUCGGGACAGCAAAACGAAUUUUAAGUGACGGAAUAGUAGAAGCAGCAUGGUAUAUUCCGUCAGACAAAUCAGCAGUUUUUAGAAAUACAGCCAUGUUUCUUAAUUUGAGAGGUAAUGCAAUUUCACAUAGAAAGCAACUCUGUGCUGUUGCACAGCUAUCUGAUAUUUUAGUAAUACUUGUGUUGCUCAGUGACCUGGAAGGCACAUCAUUCAAAGAGGUAAUAUAUGAUAUCGUAACUACCAAAAAAGGAGUUGUUCUAGCAAUCGAUGCGUUUCAAAAUAAUAGAACAGAAGCAUCCGAAAAAAUUGAUGGUUUUAUUAAAACAGUUGAAAAUCACAAUCAGAUGAUUAAGGUAUGUUUCUUAUCGAUGUGCGGUAAAAUGAAGGACACUUCAACAGUUAAAAGUGAAAUGAGAAAUGCAAUUUCAGGAAUGAUGAAAGAACACAUAGCGGAGUCACUAUUUGGUAGAAUACAUAGAUGUAAAAUGACUUCAGACGAGGAGUCUACACUUUUAAAAAGAGCUAAAUCAAAAGCAUUAGAGGUAAUGCAACAGAUUUCUAACGUUUGUUCGGAUGUUAAAGCAUCGGCGGUACCCUUACAGGGGGAUACUUGGACAGAUCGGAGCCAAAAACUUAAAAAUGUAAAUAAAUCAUCUUAUUAUAAAACUUUGCAAGAACAGGGUAAAAUAAGAAAAGAAAUGUUUGAAGAUCGACAAAAACAGUUACAGCAAUGCAAAAACUUAGGACCAUUUAUGAAGACCUUCAUAGAUAUACUAUCAGAUCUAAUAAACUCAGAUAUAGAUUGCAUACUUUUUGUUCUCUGGUUAAAACAUUUUCUCGAUCAAAGAUCGAGAUCUGUAAUUCCUGGAUAUCUGAUUCAGUAUCAAACUGCACACAAAAUCCUAAAGGCAAGUAUGGAAAACAAAGGAGACGCCGCUGCCAUAGCCAAAAAUAGAAAGGCUCUGACACAAAGUGAAUUUGAUCUAGCUGAAGCUUCGUUCGGGUUUGAACAUCUAUGUCGAGAAAUGGGUCAAAUGUAUGAAUCUAUUGCUCAAUGUAAAUCUGAAGAAAAUAACCUAAAGAAAUUAAGAGCCACCCUUCCCUUCAUUUCAGCAAAACUUCUUUACAUGGGAUAUCCAUUUGAAAUAAUGGAUGGGGAUGUGGCCAACGUACCUUUAUGUUGGAUAAGAGCUGUUCUUGAAAAACUUAAGGAUAUUAUAGGGGAGAAAAAACUUCUAGCUAUGUCUGUUUUGGGUAUUCAGAGUUCUGGAAAAUCUACACUUCUCAAUGCGAUGUUUGGACUUCAAUUUGCAGUAAGUGCUGGAAGAUGUACCAGGGGUGUUUUUAUUCAACUAGUUCCAGUAGACAGUCCUAAAUUUGACUAUGUUCUCGUCAUUGACACGGAAGGUUUAAGAGCACCAGAAUUAGCCAAUCAAAAAUUCAACCAUGAUAAUGAAUUAGCAACAUUUGUCAUAGGCCUUGGAGACAUCACGAUUGUCAAUGUUAAGGGUGAAAAUCCAGCUGAAAUGAAAGAUAUUUUACAAAUUGUUGUUCACGGUUUUCUGCGUUUGAAAUUAGCAAAUGAAAAAUUAAAUCUGAAACACUCCUGUGUUUUCGUUCAUCAAAAUGUCCCAGCGUCCAAUGCUUAUUACAAAUUGAUCACAGGUAGAAAAAAGUUUUUGGAAUUUCUGGAUAAGAUGACCAGAGUGGCAGCAGAUGAAGAAAAUGUAGCUAAUAUACAAUCGUUCAAUCAAGUAAUAGAUUUCGAUAGUGAACAAAAUGUGUGGUAUUUUUCAGAUCUUUGGCAAGGUGAUCCGCCGAUGGCUCCUGCUAAUACUGGAUACAGCGAGAGUGUAAGCAAUGUAAAGGAUGCCAUAAUAAAUAGGCUAACAGAAGGUAGAAAUACGUAUUUGAAUAUCGUUGAUACAAUAUCUCGAAUAGAAGAUCUAUGGAAUGGAAUUUUAAAAGAGGAUUUCGUGUUCAGUUUUCGUAACAGUCUUGAGCUUAAGGCAUAUAAUACCAUGGAUCAUCAGUUUCAAACAAUUACAUGGAAAUUAGAAAAGUAUGUUUUAGAAUUUAUCAAAUCUGAAGCAAAAAGCAAAAUUGUUAGUUGUGGGAAUAAAGACGCUCUUGAAACAGUAGUUUCUACCAUAAUGAUAAAACUUACAAAGGACGUUGAUAAACAAGUCGAAAAUCUAAAUAAUGAACUUGAUUCUUUUGUUAAAAAUAGCACGCUUAAAGACGUCAUGAUGCAGUGGACACAGGUCAAAAGAAACAAACUUAGUAUCCUUGCAGAGAGUUUUAUCAUGAAAGCAAAAAAAGCUGUCAACAAUACAAAGGAAGAAAUUAGAAUACAAAAACUUCAGGUAAGUGAAAAAAAUAAACAUGAAAUGGAAAUAAACAAAAGGGCUAAGGAGCUAGCUGUUUUGAUGAAGGGUCAAGUACCAUGUGAAGAUGUAUUACAGACGAAAUUUAAUGGGCUUUGGAUUGGUUGGAUUCAUGAGUUUGAAACGCAUGUCAUUGAUGAUGAUGUUCCAAUCAGUACACAAAUCCAAUUGGUUGUAAGUGAGUCGUUUCCUUCAGAAGCAAGCACCUUUAGUAAGGAUGAAAAGCAAAAUCUACGAUACACAAAAGCUUAUCAAAACAUGAAACAACUAGAAGGAACUGUGACUGUUGAUGAUGUUACUGCUGAACAUAUGAAUAUUUGCAAAUGGUCACGUGGAAUAUUUAAGCGUGAGAUGUUUUCAAAUAGGUGUAAAACCCAAGUUAUUGAUUUCACAAAUAUGAUUUUCAGAAAAAUUGACCUUAAGCUAAAUCAUAAACGUUACACAGAUGGCAUUCGGUUUCAUACGUCAUACGUCACAGAAAUUUUAUACAUUGUAUUAAAUGAAUUUAAUGACUUUAAUAAUCAUAAGAAAAAUGAUUAUGAAUUUAAGUUGCAAAACCCAUUCCGUGCAAUGAUUCUUCGUCAUGUUGUUCGGUAUGCAACAGUUUUUUUUACAAGACAGCAUGACGCCUAUAAUAAAAAGAAUAGCCCAAAAGCGCAAAUGGAACAGUAUAAAAACACAGCAUGGAAACUGUUUAAAAAUACAGUUGAAGAUAAGACUGAAGAUGUGAUUACUUUGGGAUUUUUCAGAGAUGCUAUAGUAAAAGCAGUAGUUGAUCAAGUAUCUGAUUGUCUUAAUAUUGACGCAGUAGGUAGUAUCCGAACUCUUUAUGCAGGGGGGAAAGAAAUUUUAAACAAGGAUAUACUUGUUGAUUUGGCUGAUGCAAAUGACUUUGCAAGAUAUAAAUCCUUUAUUCUAGAUCCGCAUACUUUUGUCGAGAAUUGGAUAUUGCAAAAAUUUAAAACGAAACUAUUUGAAGAGAAAACCGGACAUCUAGGUAGCAGUCUCUAUAGUCAAAAAGCACAGAUUAGAGUGAAAGAUAUAUUUCAGCAUAUUUCUGCAAGUAUAUUAAAAGCAACAAUGGAUUGUCAAGAUGGAACGUCAAACUACAUAUCAAAAUGGACAGAUGCAUUUAUAAAGCACAAUAGCACUUCUUCGAAUCUGCCUUUGUCUAUUGAUGCCUUGCGUCAUGUCAGAGAUAGAAAAAUAUCUAAUCUUGACACUUUCUUAGGACUUUUAACAGAACAACUUUCUGACAUAGAAACAAAAGUACUAAGCAGUUUUUCAAAUGUGAAACCCGAUACUGUUCAAUGGAAAGAAAACCCUAUUCCAGACUUAAUGGACUAUUUAUGGGGUUGCUCUCAAAAUUGCAUGUUUUGCAAGGAACCAUGUGGAAACAUAAACAAAAAUCACUUAAAAGAAUGUUCUCAUAUGUGUUUACAGCAUCGCCCAGAUGGCAUAGGUGGUUUCAAAUGGAAAGAAACAACCAAAAUGUCAGUUGACUUUUGCAACGCUUCUAUCAAUACCGAUGUCGUAUAUAAUAAAGGAGGCAAGACCGGAAAGUUUAGGAAUUACAAAGAAAAUUUUCCCGAUUGGGAAAUCCAACCCGAUCAUACGGUCUCAAAGUACUGGAUGUGGGUUAUGUGUAAGUAUAAGGAUCAAUUGAAGGAGAUGUAUAACACUGAUGAUCCCGAUAUUCCCGAAGACUGGUGGUUGAUUUCAAGAGAAGAGGCAAUUGACAGUCUUAAGAAAUGUAUUAUAGAACAAACUGCCAAAUAA